AUGGCGCCACCCGCACGGCCGCCGCGCCGCCCCGCGACGCUGACGCUGCUCCUGCCCCUCCUCCUCCUCUCCUCCCCCUCCCUCUCCCUCCCCGCCGCCGCGGACUCGCCGCCGUCGACCCCGGCCCCGCGCCACGCGCAGGUCGCGUCCGACGCCGCCGACCAGCUCCCCGCGCCGCCGCGGCACGGCGGCCACCACCACCACCACCACCACCACCGGCACCCGCCGCCCCCGCCGCCGAAGCGCCGGCUCAACUUCGGCGAGAGGCUCGGGAUCGCCUUCGCCGGGGUCGCCGCCGCAAUGCAGCUGCUCCUCGCCGCCUUCCUCGCGCUCCGCGCCUGGCAGCUGCGCCGGCUCGACCGCGCCGAGGUCUCCUCCUCCACGCCCCUCACCUGACCUCACGCCGUCAGGUCCGUGAUCUGUUGUUAACCGUCGUCCGCGAUCUGAGAAAUUCGUCGUCGUUGUAAAGGAAGGAAAGCAAUGAACAUAGAGUAUUAUUCUUCUCCAUUAAUUCCAUUUUUACACGUCGUUC